AUGAGUAACUACUUAAGUAUCAGUCCUGGUAAAGCAGUAAAAUGGUCGACUAUUUCUGGUGGUGACAAAACAAUGAAGGUAGUUGAUACUAAAGACAUACCUGAAAGCGAGUUGCCACAAAGUUUUAAAGAUGUCGAGAAAGAGUGCUGGGUAUGUUUCGGUAUCUCAUAGUACAGAAUUUUCAACCUAUAUAUCUUACAGUAAGAAGUAUUUUUAAGAUUAGUGCUAAAUAUAGUAUGUAAGUUUCCCUAGUACUAUAUAUGUAAUAUAUUUUACAGUACUAACACAAUAUUGUUUCAGAAAUUAGACGUCGACGACAAGUACUGUGUUGACGACUUGGACAGUAAAGAUACGAUUCUCGUACAACGCAAAAACCCAAUUUACCACACGAGAGAUGCUACAGUAUACGCAUUUUGUUGUGGAGCCGGGUAUGAAUGUGAAGGUGAUGGCGGCAGCAGAUGCUCUUACUUUAUCUAUGAUCAUUGUACUGGGUACGUUGUAUCGUGCUAAAAGCUUUUCUACCCUACUUCGCCCUACCCUAUCCUAUCCUACCCUACCCUACCCUACCCUACCCUACCCUACCCUACCCUACCCUACCCUACCCUACCCUACCCUACCCUACCCUACCCUACCCUACCCUACCCUACCCUACCCUACCCUACCCUACCCUACCCUACCCUACCCUACCCCUACCCUACCCUACCCUACCCUACCCUACCCUACCCUACCCUACCCUACCCCUACCCUACCCUACCCUACCCUACCCUACCCUACCUACCCUACCCUACCCUACUCUACCCUACCCUACCCUACCCUACCCUACCCUACCCUACCCUACCCUACCCUACCCUACCCUACCCUACCUACCCUACCCUACCCUACUCUACCCUACCCUACCCUACCCUUUCUGUAUUCCAUUCUGCCCUGUCUUCUUUUUUUCUACCCUACCCAAUGAUGCCAUAAGCUACCGUAUUUUACCGUACCGUACGCUGCCUUAUUCUAUUCUACCUUACCUUAUCUUACCCUGCCUAUGCUAUCGUAUCUUAUCCUACCCUAUCAUGGCAUUAGCUACUGUAUCCCAUUCUACCCUGCCCUAUCGUACUCUAUCCUACUUUACCCUACCCUACGGUACUUUACAAUUUAAACUACGAAAACAAAAAAAAUCUUUUUUAACUCAAGUUGACGGUAAAUAUUAUAGAGUUGACUUUUACAUUGAUGAUCAAAUGGAAUGGACGUCGGAUGAACAAAAGAUUCCGGUCUUUUUGAUUCCAGCAUUAAGCGAAGACGACAAUUUUAAUAACAACAGACAGAAUGUCACAACCGAACAUCCUCCAACUACACCACACGGACCACCAAGCGGGAACUGUUCUGGCUGGAACAAUUUCUUUUUUUACUUUAAAGGCGUCUUUGGAUAA